UUGAAGGCGGCGGCUCAGGACACGGCGUUGGCGCGGACUUCUUCGUCGCGUCCCGGGAGCGGUGCUCCAGGAGCGCUGCGGUCCUCGGCGGGGCGAGGCGGCGGACGACGGAGACAGAUCCGCGCGGCUGCGCCCCUGCCUCGCUUCCCCGGUACCCGCGGCGGUGGCUGCAGCCACGACCACAGCCCUGCUCCCCUUGAAAAUGGAGAAGAUGCUGGUGGUGUGCUUGCUAAUGCUUGGGCAGUUGGUUCUCCUUCUGCCAGUCGGAGCCAGAGAUCAUCCCCAAGCCAGGUUUCCCUCCAGAGGCCGCCGUGUCCGGACCCAUCCUCAGACUGCACUGCUAGAGAGCUCCUGUGAGAAUAAGCGAGCGGAUCUGGUGUUCAUCAUCGACAGCUCCCGAAGUGUCAACACCCAUGACUAUGCAGAGGUCAAGGAGUUCAUUCUGGAUAUCCUGCAGUUCUUGGAUAUUGGCCCUGAUGUUACCCGAGUCGGUCUGCUCCAGUAUGGCAGCACAGUCAAGAAUGAGUUCUCCCUGAAGACCUUUAAGAGGAAAUCUGAGGUGGAGAGAGCUGUCAAGAGGAUGAGGCAUCUGUCCACAGGCACCAUGACAGGGCUGGCCAUACAGUAUGCCCUCAACAUCGCUUUCUCAGAAGUAGAGGGGGCCCGGCCCUUGCGGGAGAAUGUGCCACGGAUCAUCAUGAUUGUGACCGAUGGGAGACCUCAGGACUCAGUGGCUGAGGUGGCGGCAAAGGCCCGGGACACAGGCAUCCUGAUCUUUGCCAUUGGUGUGGGUCAGGUGGACCUGAACACGCUAAAGGCCAUUGGGAGUGAGCCCCACAAGGACCACGUCUUCCUGGUGGCCAAUUUCAGCCAGAUCGAGUCUUUGACCUCAGUGUUCCAGAACAAGCUGUGCGCGGUCCACAUGUGCAGUGUCUCGGAACACAACUGUGCCCACUUCUGCAUCAACACACCCGGCUCAUACACCUGCAGGUGCAGGCAGGGGUACGUCCUCAACGCGGACCAGAAGACUUGCAGAAUCCAGGAUCUGUGUGCCACAGAGGACCAUGGCUGUGAGCAGCUGUGCGUGAACGUGCCGGGUUCCUUCGUCUGCCAGUGCUACAGUGGCUACGCCCUGGCCGAGGACGGGAAGCGAUGUGCAGCUGUGGACUACUGCGCCUCAGAAAAUCAUGGAUGUGAACAUGAGUGUGUAAAUGCUGAAAGUUCCUACCUGUGCCGGUGCCAUGAGGGAUUUGCUCUUAACCCAGAUAAGAAAACAUGCACAAGAAUAAACUACUGUGCCCUGAACAAACCAGGCUGUGAGCACGAGUGUGUCAACACAGAGGAGGGCCACUACUGCCGCUGCCGUCGGGGCUAUACUCUGGACCCCAAUGGCAAAACCUGCAGCCGGGUGGAUCACUGUGCACAGCAGGACCAUGGCUGUGAGCAGCUGUGCCUGAACACGGAGGAAUCCUUUGUCUGCCAGUGCUCGGAAGGCUUCCUCAUCAACGAUGACCUCAAGACCUGCUCCAGGGUGGAUUACUGCUUGCUGAGUGACCAUGGUUGUGAAUACUCCUGUGUCAACACAGACAGAUCCUUUGCCUGUCAGUGUCCUGAGGGUCACGUGCUCCGCAGCGAUGGGAAAACGUGUGCAAAACUGGACUCUUGUGCUUUGGGGGACCAUGGCUGUGAACAUUCAUGUGUAAGCAGUGAAGACUCAUUCGUGUGUCAGUGUUUUGAGGGAUACAUCCUCCGUGACGAUGGGAAGACCUGCAGAAGGAAAGAUGUCUGCCAGGCUAUAGACCAUGGCUGCGAGCACCUCUGUGUAAACAGUGGCGAAUCAUACAUCUGCAAGUGUCUGGAAGGAUUCAGGCUGGCUGAGGAUGGCAAACACUGUAGAAGGAAGGAUGUCUGCAAGUCGACCCACCACGGCUGUGAGCACAUAUGUGUGAACAACGGAGAUUUUUACACGUGCAGGUGCUCAGAGGGGUUUGUCCUGGCUGAGGAUGGGAGGCGCUGCAAGAGAUGCACUGAAGGCCCAGUUGACCUAGUCUUUGUGAUCGACGGAUCCAAGAGCCUCGGAGAAGACAAUUUUGAGAUUGUGAAGCAUUUUGUCACUGGGAUUAUAGACUCCUUGGCAAUUUCCCCCAAAGCUGCUCGUGUGGGGCUGCUACAGUAUUCCACACAGGUCCGCACAGAGUUCACCUUGAGGGACUUCAGCUCAGCCAAGGACAUGAAGAAAGCUGUGGCUCACAUGAAAUACAUGGGCAAAGGCUCUAUGACUGGGCUGGCCCUGAAACACAUGUUUGAGAGAAGUUUUACCCAAGUAGAAGGGGCCAGGCCCCUCUCCACACGGGUGCCCAGAGUAGGCAUCGUGUUCACCGACGGACGGGCUCAGGAUGAUGUCUCCGAGUGGGCCAGUAAAGCCAAGGCCAAUGGUAUCACUGUGUAUGCUGUUGGGGUAGGAAAAGCCAUUGAGGAAGAACUACGGGAGAUUGCCUCUGAGCCCACCAAUAAGCAUCUCUUCUAUGCCGAAGACUUCAGCACAAUGGGGGAGAUAAGUGAAAAGCUGAAGCAAAGCAUCUGUGAAGCUCUAGAAGACUCUGAUGGAAGACAGGACUCCCCAGCAGGGGAACCACCAAAGCAGGCCCACCAGCCAACAGAAUCUGAGCCAGUCACCAUAAAUAUCCGAGACCUACUUUCCUGUUCUAAUUUUGCAGUGCAACAUAGGUAUCUGUUUGAAGAAGACAAUCAUUCACAGUCAACACAAAGACUCUUCCACUCGACAAAAUCUUCAGGAAGCCCUUUGGAAGAAAGCCAAGACCAAUGCAAAUGUGAAAACCUUAUAAUGUUCCAGAACCUUGCAAAUGAAGAAGUAAGAAAACUAACCCAGCGCUUAGAAGAAAUGACCCAAAGAAUGGAGGCCUUGGAAAACCGCCUACGAUACAGAUGAAGACUGAAAUGCUUUUAUGGAUUUGUACAUCAUCAUAAAGAUUUCAAAAACAGUGGUGGAGCCUCAAACCUCACACCAUAGUUAACUCUGUAAGCUGUAAAGCAAAACACAACCAGUACUGAAGACACUGGACUACUCUACAACAAUGAGAAAAUGGAGACACAGAGGUGUCCAAAUUCGAUAUUGGGGGAGGCGGGGAAGGAAUCCUUCUGAACUCUCAAAAGUUUACUAUGAGAAUAAAUAAGUUGUUCAGUGUUCUGUGAUGUACUGUGGGUAUGAUUCGCUUCUGCCUCUUCCUGCCUUAGCACUGAAAUCUCAUUUGACAACUGAGUCUCAAUUCUGUAGAAAACUGACUCCAUGAAUUGCUUUUUUUGUAUUGGAAUUUACCUUGAUAUAUAUGGACGUAUACUUAAGUCAUAGGACCUAUGUUCUGCAAUAAGUUGAAUUUUUACACAAUAUUAAAAUUCACCACUUCAGAAAA